AUGAAAAACAAACAGGUCGACAGCAUUGAUAAGUAUCCGCAGAAGGACAAUAGAAGUAACUGUAUCUGGUAUGGGCUUGGCCCAAGACUCACCCAGAAAGCAAUAUUGAAACCAACCAGCAUGCUUUUAAUGAAGCCCAUGGCUGCCGUCUGUCAACAGCUUGUUGUUUUUAAAUAUCUUCAUUUGAUUUCCUUAAAAAAGUCAUUUCACAUAAAAAAUUUGCAAGCAAAACAAUGUUCAACUGAAUAA